UCUCAGAGGAGGAAAGUAUCGGGAUCGGCAAGUCCAGAUUUUAGUGAACAUAACUGCUUGCACAUUGACCGAGCAAUAGCCUACUUCUAUCAAAAAGGAAUGUUUUUUUAAGUAAAUUCUUACUCUGCAUUCUGCACAGAUUCGACUUUAACAAUUGGAUGCUUUAAAACAAAUACACAGCACUUAAUUAUUUUAAAGAUCAUUGCCUCUACUGACUUUGGAUACGGACUUUUCCAAAGUUUCUGUUAAUUGCUUCAAGAAUCUGAUGACCUGAAGCAAACAAAAGAAUAAGAGUAAUAAUAAUUCGCUCAUCUGAUCAGUUCGUUCAUAAUUCUUAUCGGAGGUAAUUCAAGUGACAAGAGAAUAUGAUAUUCAAUAUUUUUCUGCUGGUUACAUUUUUCCUGGGUCUGUCCCGGUGCUUUGGCUCAUACGUGCCCUGUGAGCCAUGCGACCAGAAAGCGCUGUCUAUGUGCCCACCGGUCCCUGUCGGUUGUCAGGUUGUGAAGGAACCAGGCUGCGGUUGCUGCCUGACCUGCGCCCUAGCCGAAGGUCAGGCGUGCGGUGUGUAUACUGGAACAUGUACACACGGGCUUCGGUGUCUGCCUCGGAACGGUGAAGAAAAGCCUCUUCACGCUCUUCUACACGGCAGAGGAGUCUGCACAAAUGAAAAAGGAUACAAACCACUUCAUCCGCCAAUAGAUCGGGAAUCAAAAGAGCACGAUGAGGCGGCGAAGACGGACGCGGCCGAGGAUUCGCUGCCGCAGGCCAAAGUUCCGCUCUACCCCAAACAAGACCAGAUCAACAGCAGGAAGGUCCACGCCCUGCGCAAGGACAGGAUGAAGCAGCAGGAGAAACUGCGAUCUGUCGGACAGAUGGACUACUCCCCGAUCCCCAUCGACAAGCAUGAGCCUGAGUUUGGGGCACAGGGUCCCUGCAGGAGGAAGCUGGAUGGGAUCAUUCAGGGGAUGAAGGACACUUCCCGAGUUAUGGCUCUCUCUCUGUACCUCCCAAACUGUGACAGGAAAGGCUUCUUCAAACGCAAGCAGUGCAAGCCUUCCCGUGGGCGGAAGCGGGGAAUCUGCUGGUGUGUGGAUAAGUACGGCGUGCAGCUGCCCGGCACUGACUACAGCGGCGGGAACAUCCAGUGCAAGGACCUGGAGAGCGGCAACAACAACGAGUGAGAAGCACCCUCCCCUGAUCACCUGACCCGGUCACCUGACCCAGGGCCCGCCCCCUCCUUCUUUUCUUCCCACCUGUCCACCCGCCAGUCACUUUGAGAUUUUGAUGUGAAAAGGAACACACACACAAGAAAAAAGAAAAAAAAGAGACAGAGAGAAAGAGAGAGAGAGAGAGAGAGAGAGAGAGAGGGAAAAAAAACUCAAUCAGACAUGUCAAAGCUGAAAAAAUACCACAAGAAUCUUUUUGACUGGGUGCUCAUCUCUUUCUUAUGGGACUUAGCAAAAGCCAGAGGUUCUCCAGAGAAGCCUCGUGUAAAAAUGCUGGGUCCCAGAAAACAAUUUUUAAAAAUAUAUACAUGCAAUUAUAUAUUUUUAUAGAAACUGGGGUCUGAACAGCAUAAUGUUUAAAGUUGACAGGAAAUGAAAGCGAGUAUAUGGCAUGUUGAUUUUUAACAGGGCUAUCUAGGUCUUUCACAUCUGUUGAUAUUGGAAUGUCAGAGGAGAGAGAUAGCAGGAUCUGGUAGUAUUGGAAGAACCAUUUGGUGUUUUUUUGUUUAUUAUUUGUUCUCCAAAAGAGAAAAAAAAAAAGAAAAAAAAUGGAAAUAGGAGAAGGUAGGGAUUUGCAGUCAUCUCUAUCUGGGUAUUUGGUCCUAAGCACUUACUCAUAGCGGAACCUGCUUGGAAACGUGUAACUUCACCAAGUUCAGUGUAUAUGUCUGUGUGUGCAUGCGUAUGUGUGUGUGUGUGUGUAUGUGUGUGAAAGAUGAAUAUAGAGCGAGUCUUUACAAAAGAAUGUCCAUUUUCCUCUUUUUGACUGUUGCAUGCUUUUCCCCCUGGCCUGCACUUGAAGUAGAUUUUAGAUUGAAUCUCUCACACAUGCCUGCCCUCAGCCAAUUUCUGUAAGCAGCACGUUUACAAAAAAAAAAAAAAAAAAAAGAAGAGAAAAAAAAAGAAAGAAAGAAAGAAAAACAAUGAAAUGCGAUCAGACAGACCUGUUGAGGUGGCUCCGUGACUCUGUAGUUAAGCUAUUGAAGCCGACUGCGUCUCUAUACACAGACCCCGUCAUGCUGAGAGACACAAAUCAACAGUGGACAUUGCUCCACAUAACAAACGGAGGAGUCUUCCAUGUUUGCAGAUCCUGACCUGUAGAUGUAGUACAGAAAAGAGUUUAGAGCUCUUUUAACACAAACCACCUGAUUCUAAAUUCCUUUAGCGUGGUCAAAGCUUUUGAUGUCUUAUGCCGAAUUACACGCGUGACACAUCUGCUAGCACAUUUGACACUAAGUUCUCAGUGGUGAUGGUGUACGAAAUGCAGAAGAUGUUCAGAUGGUCACCUUUGAGGAAAGUAGCUCGUUUGUUUGUGUUGUUUUUCUUUCUUCUUCAGUGAAGUAACGACUGCCCUUUGAUGAGCCAUGUUCCUUAACCAAGUGGUUUCCUUACACUUUUAACCUUAGGUCUUACCUUGGUAUGAUUUCUUUAACUAUAGAUUAAUGAAUGUUUUGACAAACAACUGCAGAGAAAUCUUGCUUGGAGAAAGAACUGAUUAGUUUCCAGUCAAUAUGCCUACUUCCAUCCAAGCUGUCCACCCAUCCAUUCAACCUAUAAUCAGACUUCACUGAUUCUCCUAUAAACAUGCCUUUCAUAGACUUUAAAUUCCCUCCAAAAUGUUUUAACAAAACGUCACAUUUCUGAAUAUCAUUUCAAGAGCAUUGUUUAGUUCUAUUGUAUUUUUUUUUCUUUUUUUUUUAACAACGGCACGUUUGCUACAGGGUGAUUUGAUGCGUAGUUUUAUGUAAGUCUGUGUGUGAGUUUUAGUGCCUUUCAACAUGCAAAUACAUUUGAAUAGUGAUGUGAAUGUUACACAGUGGCCAAGGGGGAUGACAACCUGCUAUCCAUCCUUUUUUUUUUUUUUUUUUUUCCAACUGACAAGGGACCUCAGUCAAGUUCAGUGAAAUGUAAAGAGUACUAUACUGAGAGCCACAAGUAUUGUUCAAACAGCUGUCUGCUUUUACACUGCCCGUCUCUCCCGAGGGCCUAAGGCAAAGACACAGGGGCAACUUCCAUCACAAGCAGCUUCGAGUUGCAGGCACACCUCUGUCUCUCUUUUCAUUUUUAUUUGUAUUUUUGUUUUUGUUUUGUUCAUUACGAAUAAGCUGAAUAUUGAAUUUUGACAGUGACUGCAAAUGUAUGUAAUUUAAGUCAUUUUUCAAUCAAACUACGUGCAUCAAACAGGGAUAUUCACCAAGGCCGCGAUGCUCCACCUCCUGAUAGUGUUGCUGCUGUCAGCGGAGACUAAGACAAGUUAUUGCCUGCCACAGUGGACAUGCUUACAUUUCCCAUUGGAAAACGCCCCAGUGAUCAGAAUUUACUCAUGGGAGGGGGCCAUCCAGAGUCAGUGUACAGAGAUUGGCCAUCAACUUUGCUUUGAGAACUACCCUAUCUCUCAGUUUCACGCUAGAACAAGUUAAAAAAAGAGAAAAAAAAAAAGAAAGAAAAAAAAGGUUUUGUAUUUCUCUCUUUGUCAGACAAUGAAUCACAGGUCCACAGAAUGUAUCGAUGGAAUGUCAUAAAGGAAAGAUGACAAUGUGGGUGAGGUUUUCGAGGUUGUUUUUAUUGUUUUUUUUUUCAAAAUUGUGAUAAACUCAAUUGUACAAAUAGCCUUUAACGCAGCAAAGGGUCAACCCACUGUGUCCAUCUGAUUUAGCUGUGGGCCUUAUUUAUCCACGCAAUGUGCUCCCUUCCCACUGAAAAUGAAAAGAAAAAGAAAAAAAAAAAAAAAAGCAGCUUGCACUUAUAUACGUACAACAUUUCUUUU